AUAACGGAAACUGCGCGUGAGAGACAUGCGCGCAAGGCAGAGAGAGAAAGAGAAAAACAUUUCUGCACUUAUGAAGCUCAACUUCACUUCUACAGCUCGACAGACCUGCCAUUUCCUUCAGGUUUUACUUUCUCUGUUCAUGCGGUGUUCGUUAUUUGCCCGCGGAGACGGAGAGCACAUAUUAAGACGCGUGUAUUGUGAUAUGAAAAGAGGAUAGAAAGUUUUCAAAUCGAGCUCAUGUAACGGAGUCUACAACCGAGCGAUGAUUAACUGGCUAAAUUAAACCCCAGAAGCUUUAAAAAAGAAACCCCGAAGCGUUCAAGUCCUCGUUUUCCAUUGAUAGUAAGCUUUUUUUCUUCAUCUUGUGAGGGAAACGCCUUUCCAGCAAUAAAGAUAUGAGGAGCCGGAUUACAAUGGAAACCACUUUGUCAAGCAUCAUGCUGGCAUCCUGAUUGCUCAGCUGUGCAGUGACACAAUAUCAAUUCAGCAUGUGCGACAUAUGCUGGAUAAUGCUCAUACAGCCAUGAAUAUUCCAUCCGGAACGCAUGUUUUCAGAGGGUGACGUAGCCAAAAAUAGGCGACUUAUUCCUUGCUCCACCACGGAUUGCACAUGACUGUGGCAAUUCUGUUCACCUGCCCUAGGACAGAAGAAUAUCGUGUUUGAUUAAAAACACGGAUAUCAGCCACGGUUUCCAAGCUUGUCUGUUUUACACAGUUUACUUUCAACCUGUGGAGGUAACUAAUGUCUGCCAGUAGUAGCACCUCUCCUCUGACCUUACCUAAACCCUUCGUCCACUCUCAGCAUCAGACUGCACCCCCAACCCCCUCUCCAUCACCCAGCCCUCCGGUGCCACUCUACGUCCGCCUCUCCAAUGGGAAUCACAGUGUCCCGAGCCCCACCAGCUCCCUUCACGGAGUGUCCUUCCUCCUUCAGAUCGGACUUACCAGGGAGAUGGUCACCCUGGAGCCACACGAUCUGUCACUCAGCUCUGUGAAGGAUUUGGUCUGCUCCAUAGUCGAUCAAAAGUUCCCAGAAUGUGGAUUCUUUGGCUUGUACGAUAAGAUCUUGCUCUUCCGCCAUGAUCUGAACUCAGACAACAUCCUCCAGCGGCUAACGUCGGCGGAGGAUAUCCAUGAGGGAGAUCUGAUUGAGGUCGUCCUGUCUGCUCAAGCUACAGUGGAAGAUUUCCAGAUCCGACCUCACGCGCUUUACGUCCACUCCUACAAAGCGCCCACCUUCUGCGACUACUGUGGAGAGAUGCUGUGGGGACUCGUCCGGCAGGGCCUCAAAUGUGAAGGAUGUGGCCUGAACUAUCACAAGCGAUGCGCCUUUAAGAUCCCUAACAACUGUAGCGGUGUAAGGAAAAGACGUCUUUCCAAUGUGUCUCUGCCCGGCCCUUCGCUGUCUGUUCCUCGUUCUGCUCCAGCCGAGCAUGCUAUCGUGGGCCUAGAAGAGCAGCGCCUCCUUCAGGAGCCAGGUAAGCGGAUACCGUCAUGGAGCGGUCGGCCAAUUUGGAUGGAGAAGAUGGUGCUGGGACGGGUGAAGGUUCCUCACACCUUUGUGAUUCACACCUACACCCGUCCCACCAUCUGUCAGUACUGCAAACGGCUGCUCAAGGGGCUUUUCCGCCAGGGCAUGCAGUGCAAAGACUGUAAAUUUAAUUGCCACAAGCGAUGUGCUUCAAAGGUACCGAAAGACUGUCUUGGAGUCUUCAAUGGAGAGCCAGCCAGCCCUGGUCCUGACUCUGAUACCACGAUGGAAGUAGACAGCAGUGAUGUGAACAGCGAUAGCAGUCGGGGUCUGGAUGAUUCAGAGGAACCAACCACACCAGAAGACAAGAUCUUCUUUAUGGACUCACCCUUCAUGGACCGCGAGAAAGAUGAAGAACCUGUGAAGACCAUCAGCCCAUCUACCAGCACCAAUAUCCCACUGAUGCGUGUGGUUCAGUCCAUCAAGCACACCAAACGGAGGAGCUCCACUAUGGUCAAAGAAGGAUGGAUGGUGCACUACACCAGUCGAGACAAUCUUAGAAAGAGACACUACUGGAGACUGGACAGCAAGAGUCUGACUCUGUUUCAGAAUGACUCGGGAGCCAAAUUUUACAAAGAGAUUCCCCUGUCAGAGAUCUUGCAGGUAGAGGUUGCGCAUGACUUCAGUAGUUUAGCCCUGGGGGGCAAUCCACACUGCUUUGAGGUCAUCACAGCCACCAUGGUGUACUACGUUGGGGAGAACACUGGCGGCCCCCACCUCCACAUACACAACCCUGCGCUGGCGGCCGGCGGUGUGGGGCUGGAGGUGGCCCAGGGCUGGGAGAGGGCCAUCCGCCAGGCCCUGAUGCCCGUUCCAGUAACACCACAACCCAGCGUGGGCGCCACUGCGGGACAGAAUAAAGAUCACAAGGAACUGUCCAUCAGCAUUUCUGUAUCUAACAGUCAAAUCCAGGAAAAUGUGGACAUCAGCUCAAUCUAUCAAAUCUUUGCUGAUGAAGUGUUGGGCUCUGGACAGUUUGGCAUCGUUUAUGGAGGGAAACAUAGAAAAACAGGCAGAGAUGUGGCCAUCAAAGUAAUAGACAAAAUGAGAUUCCCCACCAAACAGGAGAGCCAGCUGAGAAACGAGGUUGCCAUUUUACAGAAUUUGCACCAUCCUGGCAUUGUAAACCUGGAGUGUAUGUUUGAGACUCCAGAACGAGUCUUUGUUGUCAUGGAAAAACUCCAUGGUGACAUGCUGGAGAUGAUCUUGUCCAGUGAGAAGAGCAAACUUCCAGAGCGCAUCACCAAGUUUCUGGUCACACAGAUCCUUGUGGCUUUGCGACAUCUCCAUUUCAAGAACAUUGUUCACUGUGACCUGAAGCCAGAAAAUGUGCUGUUGGCGUCUGCGGAGCCGUUUCCUCAGGUAAAACUGUGUGACUUUGGGUUUGCUCGGAUCAUCGGGGAGAAAUCUUUCCGGCGCUCAGUGGUGGGCACACCAGCGUACUUGGCCCCGGAGGUACUGCGCAGCAAAGGCUACAACCGUUCCCUAGAUAUGUGGUCAGUGGGAGUCAUUAUCUAUGUCAGUUUGAGUGGCACCUUCCCCUUUAAUGAGGAUGAGGAUAUUAAUGACCAAAUCCAGAACGCAGCUUUCAUGUACCCACCAACACCCUGGAAAGAGAUCUCUGCAGAUGCUACAGAUCUGAUCAACAAUCUUCUCCAAGUCAAGAUGAGGAAGCGUUACAGUGUGGAUAAGACCCUCAGUCAUCCAUGGCUACAGGACUACCAGACAUGGCUUGAUCUGCGAGAGUUUGAGACGCGCAGAGGGGAACGCUACAUUACUCACGAGAGCGAUGAUGCACGCUGGGAAAAGUACGCUUACGAGCACAGUCUGGUGUACCCUAAGCACUUCAUCAUGGCUCCAAACCUGGAUGAUAUGGACGAGGACCCCUAGUGGCCACAUGAGCUGAACUAAAAUCCGAGGUCAUUUGAAGGCAGCAACCUGUUAACGGUCUGUCGCUAUGGAGACUGAAACACAUCAGCAAUCUGAAGCGGACGAUGAGGAGAGCAAACUGUCACAAGGCCAGCGAGGCUGAGCGCUCUCUGGAUGUCAGCGAGUCAUGGAAACUGUGGAUCCACACUGCUAAUGAAGAUGACGCUGUUUCCAUUGGGAGUGCAUUCAGAAGUCUUAAUGACUGUUCUUUUCCAAAAGGUGCUGUUAUGUUUGUUCUUAUCGAGGUGUGUGUUCACUAUGUCAAAAACUCACGUUACAGGAUAGUAACAGAUGUGAAUGAAGUAAACAAAACACAUUGGAGAGAGCGAUGUGGUCGUUUAUAUUAGUGUUCACAGCCUUUCAUUUUGAAAACAUCAAACUGGAACAUGCAUUUUUUAAAUUCCUAUUCUUCUAUUAUUUUCUCAUUCAUUUUACAACAUAGCAGAUUGAAUGAUUUCAAAAGGGUUGGUUUUUUUUUUUGCACUAAACAAUACAACCACUGCAGCUGGUACAAUUAAAUGAAUUAUGAGAGAUAACAGCACACCAUUCUUCAAGAACAAAGAAGAUCGGCGCUUGUGUCGUCGAAUACAACGAGAACUACACUUAAGCUACAGUACGUUUGAACUCUGAAUAAAUGUGUGAAUUGAAUCUGCCAGAUGGAAUGGGAGAGAUUAUCUUCCGCGGACCAAAGACAUUUGCGUCUAUCGUGACUCUUGUUCUUACAUUGUUUUAGAGCCGUUGUCUUCACCAGCAUUCUUUACAGAGCCAAUUCUUUUUAUUUAUUCCUCAUGCUGCAGUCUUAAAAUAUAAUACCAGCGAAGCAGUGCAGAAAGAUGUGUUGGUCAAAAGCCUACUGUGAGAAAGCUUUAUGAUCUAUUAGCGAAGCUCUUUUUAAUACGAAACAUGUAAUGUAUUGAAAAUAACUGCUAACAACUUUUAUUAGAGAAAGAAGAUGAACAGUGUUAUGUUAUAUUCUUUUUUUUCUUUUUUCUUUUUUUUUUUUUCUUUUUUUUGUGGUAUGUACAGUACCAAAGAAUGAACCUUUCUAACUAUGAAUACCAGAACUGGAAAAUCUGAAAAAAAUAUUUUCGGUAAUGGAAUUUUUGUUGUAAAUACUACCUACAAUAUUAAAAUAAAGCUGGAAAAAUUGGGUUUCUGAAUGUAGGCAGUACAUUGUACCCACAUCCCCCUACACACACACACACACUCACACACACACACACCCUUGUGAGAAGUAACAAAUAUCCUGGUAAAAGAAGCCAUUUCUAUGCAGUUUCUUUUCACUGUCCAUGUUCAUUUCAUGAAUUUCAUGUUCCGUACACAUUGAAAUUUGGGAGAAAAGGAUUGAGGAUUCCUUUAAAUCAUUGCAUCACUAUGUUGCCGCUGGAUUGGCAAGUGUCAGUGUUCUGUAUAUUUUAGUACAUACUGAUUCAAUAAAAAAAUAUACACUC